AUGAGUUACCCUUAUGGAUUUUGCUCUCCACAACGCCCCUUACCCCCAUAAUUAUAUUAUUAGAAUCCCAUUCCCCAAUAAAGAUAAGCCCCUUAUUCUCUUCCACCCCCAGUUUACCGCCCACCACCUGUUGGAGUGAGACCUCCUCAAUAACCUUAUUAUCCAUAAUAUUAAAUUCAAAAUCAAGUCCCACCCAUCAGCUUUACAAUAAUCAUACCCAACCCAAUAACAAAAUCCAAGAAUCCCCAAUUAUCCACCUUAAGUUUAUAAAUAAUAAUAACCGGUCGUUCCAAAACCCCAACCACCAUGAUAAUAAAUUCCACCUUAAUAAAGAGGAACAGCUCAAUAUCCUUAUUAGCCAUAAUAAUAAUUAGUCUAGAAUAACCCCAGUACUAACAACCUGGGUAGUAAAAUCAGAAUAAGGUUGUUUAGCCUCCAAAAUAGCCUUAUUAAUAAUAAUAUGUACCAAGUUAACCAAAACCUUAAUCACAUCCUUCCUAACAUAGACCUGAGUAGCAAAAUUAAUAAAUUCCAUAAUAAUAACAAUAACAAUAAGUCAAUAAACCUCCUUAACAAUAUAAAUAACCAUAAUAAUCUUAGAAGGAUGAUGACUUGGAAAAGAAAUUCUAAGAUGCCAUUGAUAGAACAAGAGAUCUUGUGUAAAAAUAUUAAAACCCAUAAACAAAAUAACCUUAGUAACAACAACAAUAACCAAAUCCAUAACCAAAAUAAGAGUAACAUACAAAUCAACCUUAAGUUGAUGAUAACUAGUUAUAAGAAUUAGCACUCUAAUAUGAGGAUGGCUAUAUCUACAGAGGCUAGGGUUACGAACCAGCCACUAGAGAAGGUUAUGGUGUUCUAACUGAUUAAGACGAUAAUCCAGUUUAUGAUGGUCAAUGGAAGGAUAAUCAAUAUCAUGGCCAAGGCAAGUUGAUCAAUGUUCAAGCAGAACAGAUUGAUGGUCCUUUUGAUUAUUAAGAUUUAAGUGUGAUUGAAAAUGGAUGGCUUGGAUAUGAAGGUGAUUUCUUAGAAGGUAAAAUGAAUGGUUUUGGAAAAUUAUAACUUACAAAUGGAGAGAUGUUUGAAGGCUAAUUUUAAGACGGUAUGAUCGAUGGCGAAGGCGUGUUUUCUGCUGUGAAUGGCCAAACUAUUAAAGGAUUAUGGAGGGAAGGAGUAUUAACUUAAGUUUUUGCUUGA